GGGGCGGUAUUCAGCCAGACGGCUGCACGAUGUGGCUGCGCGCGGUUGUGCUCGUCCUGCUGCUACAGCUUGUGAGGCCACAAGAUGCAGAGGAGACAACGGUUGCACCCAGAUCGUUUACCGUGGAUUACGAGAACAACACUUUUCUUCUGGAUGGAGAACCCUUCCGCUACGUAGCUGGCUCCUUACACUACUUUCGUCUGCCUCACCCUCUAUGGCGAGAUCGACUAAGAAAGUUGCGAGCUGCUGGUCUCAACGUAGUUUCAACGUACGUUGAGUGGAGUCAGCAUGCUCCGGAACCUGGGGAAUACAUUUUCAGUGGAGAUCUUGAUCUUUUACAUUUCAUUGACAUUGCACAAGAAGAGGGACUGUUAGUGAUUCUCAGAGUUGGACCUUAUAUUUGUGCAGAAAGAGAUAUGGGUGGUCUACCAUACUGGUUGCUUACCCUCAAUCCAGAUAUCAGGCUGCGUACUAGUGAUCAAAGUUUCCUAAAUUAUGUGGAUGGUUGGUUAAGCUACCUAUUGCCACUGGUAGCUCCAAAGUUCUAUGGCAAUGGAGGACCUGUUAUAAUGGUCCAGGUUGAAAAUGAGUAUGGUAGUUAUCCAGCAUGUGAUUUUACUUACACUAGCUGGCUGAGAGAUAAAUUCAAACAGUAUGUUAGAAAUGAUGCACUAUUGUUUACAACAGAUGGAAGUUCGGACAUCAUGCUGCGAUGUGGAAAAAUACAAGAUGUGUAUGCAACUGUUGACUUCGGUGUAGGUUCAAAUGUGGCAUCUUCAUUCAGUGCUAUGAGGCGUCAUGAACCACAAGGACCUCUAGUUAACUCAGAGUUCUAUCCUGGUUGGUUGUCUCAUUGGGGAGAAAGAUACCAAAGAGUAAAUACAGGUGCAAUUGUGACACGUCUAGAGGAAAUGCUUGAGAUGAAUGCUUCAGUUAACUUUUACGUCUUCUUUGGUGGCACAAAUUUUGGAUUCACCUCAGGUGCAAAUUAUAAUGAUAGAUAUGAGCCACAGCUGACUUCAUAUGAUUAUAAUGCACCACUAAAUGAAGCAGGGGAUCCAACUCCAAAAUAUUUUGCCAUAAGAGAAAUGAUAGGACAGUAUUUACCUCUGCCAGAUAUUCCAUUACCAGUUCCUUCAGAAAAGGGGGAUUAUGGUACUGUGACUCUGUAUCCAGUUGCUGCUUUAUUGAGUGAUCUGUUACGGGAAACACUUGGAAAAAAGUACAAAUCAUCAUUGUAUCCUAAGACAUUUGAGCAAUUAGGGCAAAACAGUGGUUUUAUAUUAUAUGAAACAGUAAUUCCAGAAGAUUUAAGUGAUCCUGCAGUGCUUGAUGUACCAGGAGUGAGAGACAGAGCCAUUGUUCUCAUUGACAGGAUGUUUGUCACAAUUCUCAGUCGUGCUCAAGGGAUAUCCUCAGCAGCAUUAUUAGCCAGACCUCGUAGCACACUACAGCUGCUUGUAGAAAAUCAGGGAAGAAUCAAUUAUGGGUCAGAAAUGAAAGAUUUUAAGGGGUUGGUGUCAAAUGUCACUUUAAGUGGAUACCUUCUUACCAACUGGAAUAUCACUGGAUUUCCUCUCAGUAAUAUAUCAGCUGUUCAAAAGUUAGAUGCAGCAACAGAGGUGUCUUCAGAACCUUAUUUUUAUAGAGGUUACUUCACAAUUCCAUCAAAUGAUACAGCACCAAAAGACACUUUCCUGGAUGUUUCUGGCUGGCACAAGGGUGUAGCAUUUAUCAACGGCAACAAUUUGGGUCGCUAUUGGCCCAUUGAAGGUUCUCAAGUCACUCUGUAUGUACCUGCCAUAUUUCUUCAGCCAUAUCCUAAAACAAAUGAAAUUAUUUUAUUUGAGCUGGAGCUACCCUCACAAAGUAAGCAAGUCAAGUUUACAAAGGAGCCAUAUCUUAAUAAAGAACCACCUAAACAAGGAAAAGUAACUCCUUGUCAUUGAUGUAACUUGGUGAAAUUAUUAUGUUUCCUUUUGACUGUUGACAAUGAAUGUCAUUAAACUGUUUCAAGCUUGAUAAAUUAUAUAGGACUGGUAACUGAGAACGUAUUUAAUUGUAACAGGUGAAUGUGGUCACUGAUAAAGACUUUUGUUAUAAAUAUGUUACACUUACAUAAUAUUUCAUGUAAAUGAUUCUCUAUCAGUAACACCACAGCUAACACCAGUACAUUAUGUUUGCAAAGUUAUUUUAUCCAUGUUGGAUGUAGUGAACACUGUGGCCAUUCAAGACAGUUGGUGAAUGAUGCGUGCAGCCACAAAUACUUUUUAAUGUUUUAUUUUAGUGCUAUUUCCAGUUACAGUCUACCUAGCACACCUUCAGAUAGCUAAUAUUUUCAGUUACAUAAAUGUUCUGGUCCAGGGCAUGUCAUCUGCUCCUACACUACAUAAGAAUAUUUGAAUACUGUAUAGGUACUUUCAUUAAUAUGAACAUGCUUAAGUGGUUGCAUUUCUUUAGAUAUAAUGUAAAAUAGUUAUAUUCACUUACAUAAGUUCCAGUAGAUAGUGAUUUGUUUUGUUGGGGUAAGAGUGGUUUUCAACGUCAAUUUCUUUGUUGUUCAAUUAGAAACAGAACACACAUUGCAAAUAAAUGGCUGUGGCAUGCUUCAUAAUAUUCUUAAUGUCAGUGCUAAGCAUCACACAUGUUAUACACUUAAUAUUUCUGUUUACAAUAAAGGUUAUCAUUAAGCAAAGAUACAAAGAUAGCAUUUGACCAAGGAUAUAAACAUAUAAACAGAGGAAAUAUGAUGUGGGAUGUGCAAAGUGCAAUAUGUUAAUAACAUAAAAAUGUUUGCACUCUAUGAUUAAACUGAUUUUAAAAGUCAAUAGGACAAAUUGUUUUCGGUAUUUCAAGUAUGUCAUCCUUUUUUUACUUAACUUUCAGCAGAAAUUUUGAUGAAAUACUUCAGAGACAACUCAUUGCAUACUACAAUUUAGACAUAUAUGUACAUUCAUUUAUAUAUACAGACAUCUGCUUAAAAUGACUGUUUAUAAGUUAGUUGCAGGAAAUACAAAAUUAAAAUGUUGGAGGGUGAGAAGAGAGCAACAAAUUUGUUCAUCAUAAUAGUUUAUAUUUGUACAGUUUUACACUGAUAUCUUAAACAGGUGGCCCUUAAAAAUUUAAUUUCCAAAUGUUUAAUGUUAUCAUUAGCUUAGAGACCUGCAAGGCUGCUACUCAUUGCUAGGCUAUCUGGCUGGAUAUGGAGUUUCUUGUUUAAUGAGCAAUAGUUAUGGUCUAGAAUUAAUUCUAAUAUCUCUAUGGAUUUGUAUAUUUCUGACUGGAAAAGCUAUUUUUUAAAAUUAAGUUGCACUUAAUUCUUUCAUUUCAUGGACAAGGAUAUUUGUGUACAAACUCUCAAUGCCCAUGAAUGCAAAUCUGGCACUCUCUGGUAUGUGCUCAUCACUUAUGUCAUUAUUUCUCAUAAAACAAGAAAAUCUAUAUGCAGCCAGAAAGGUUAGCAAUGGGGAGCAAUCUUGCUGGGCUCUAAACCAAUGUUUACAUUAACCAUUUAUAAAAUAAAUUUUUCAGACUCGCCUGGUUAAGAUAUCAGUGUAAAAUUGUAUCAAUAUAAACUAUCAUGGUGAACAAUUGUGUUGUUCUCAUCACACCAUCCAACAUUUUAAUUUUGUUUUUCCUGCAACUAACUUACAUAUGGUCAUGAUAAGCAGAUACCUGUAUCUAUAAAUGGAUGUACAUAUACAUCUAAAUUAUAGUAGGCAAUCAAUUGCCUUUAAAGUAUUUAAUUAAAAUUUCUGCUGAAAUUUACGUAAAAAAGGAUGACAUACUUGACAUACUAAAAAUAAUUUGUUCUGUUGUCUUUUAAAAUGAGUUUACUCGUAGAGUACAUAUGUUUUUCUGUUAUUAACAUAUUGCACUUUGCACAUCCCACAUCAUAUUUCCUCUAUUUACAUCCUUGGUCAACUGAAAAUGAAUGUUAUCUUUGUAUCUCUGCUUAAUGGUAACCUCUGCAUUGUAAACAAAAACAUCAAGUUAUAACACAUGUGAUGCUCACUGACAUUAAGAAUAUUAUGAAGUGUGCCUCUUUGAUUUAUUUGCAAUAUGUGUAGUGUUUGCAAGUCAACAACAUAGAGAUCAACCUGGAAAACCACUCUUACCUCAACAAAACACAUAACCAUCUACUGGUACUUAUGUAAGUGAAUAUAACUAUUUUACAUUGUAUCUAAAUAAAUACAACCACUUACGCUUGUUCAUAUUAAUGAAAAUACCUAUACAGUGGCUCUAAAUAUUCAAAUAUUCUUGUGUAUUGUAGGAGCCAAUGACAUGCUGUGGACCGAAACGCCUGUGUAACUGAUAAUGUUAACAAUCUGAAGAUGGAAAUGGAAGCCUGAAACUGGUAAUAGCACUAAAAUAAAACAUUAAAAAGUAUUUGUGGCUGGCUAUGUUAUUCACCAACCAUUAUGUUUGCUGUUCAACUUUAUUUUAUUUGACUGAGUUUCUUCUUAAGUCUUUGUGCAUAUCACACCUAGGAGGAACUGCACAUGCUUGCAAAAGGAUAACUGCUGACAUGUAUUAUAAAACACAAUGGACACCAUUAAACAGUGUUAACCUAACAAUAGUCCUCCACUGAUUGUGCUGCAAUCAAAUACACUAGUGACCAAAAGUUAAGGAUAAUCAUUAAAAGAGGGAAUAUUAUUUUAUUAGCACAUUGGAAGCAUUAGUGCAGGAGCUAAAACUUGGUCACAAGACAUUUGGCAUACCACAGUGCCUGGUAAAUAAUUUUAGAGAAGUUCUGGUAGUUAAAAUACAUAUUUGUAACCAAAUAACAGAAUUGGGAAUUCUGUUCUACAUCAAAAGAAGUCGUUGACAGGGGAUAUGGUUACUGCUAACAGCCACACAUACUGGACUGUGAUGCAACAUGCAUUCUAUGAGAUGGUUCAAAAAUGUUCUUUGUAGACAAUCUCAGUCCACAGCAAGACGGUUCAAAAAUGUUCUUUGUAGACAAUCUCAGUCCACAGCAAGAACAAUGUGGAGGGCAGGAAGUGUCCCUAGUGGCAGCUGACAGGAUGCAAUUCAUCUCCCUAAAGCAGCCCAGCCCUGUUCUAUAAGAUUCAGAUCUGGGGACAUGUCUGGCCAGUCCAUGCAACAGAUAUCAGCACCUUCAAGAAAGUGAUCCACCAGAAAAGCUCAAUGUGUACAGAGGAAGUCUUGACCAACCAUAUCUCUGAAAAGACACAUUCGUGGUAGCAGUACCUUAUCUCUGUAUCCGUGAGUGUAUACAGUAUUGCUACAGCCACUAACAAAGUUGUGCAUCUCUGAAUGGCCAUUCAUUAUGAUGCUUACCAAUACUGUGAUGUCAUCACAACCAAACCAGUCACUUUCCACGAUUUUCCUGGUGUUCAAUUGGGUAUCAGGUUCUCUCCAGAGAAAUGUAUGAUGAGAAUCUUUUUUUAAACUGAAGUGGGAUUCAUCUGUGAAGAGCAUGUUCCUCCAUUCAUUGAUGGCCAUAUUUUGAUGUUUCUGACUCCACAAUACACGGGUCUGACUCCAUGCUGGAGUGAGAAAUAUGCACAUGGCCAGAUGUCUGGCAAACAUCCCUGCUUUUCUGAGCUUCCAAUAGCCAGUUUGUUGGAAAACAGAAACUCCUGAAGCAGCUGCAUGCUCUGUAGCCAGUUGCUUUGCAGGUGUAUUCUGAUUACAUUGGGCAGUUACGACAAGGAAUCGGUCUUGCUGUCAGGUAGUUACUUUUGGUUGACAUAGCACUGGCCAACUAUGAACAUAUACUCAACACCUUUGCCAAAGGCUCAAAUGAUGCUUUGUGGCACAUCUAAGGAUACUGAGAUGUUGGUCUGUAUCUGGCUUGCAUCCAAGUGGCUGACUGUUCUACCCAGCAAAACAGGGUUCAAGUUGCAUCUUUGUGCCAUUAUGUUGCCAACUUCACCAAAAAACUGCACUUUGCUCAACUAUGAGUGGGAAAAAAGACUGAGAUAUGAUUAGUCUCAUGCACUGUUUGUGUUUACGUUUUGCUUGUUCCAUUGUUCACAGCACAGAGUACUCCUUCCGUAUACAGAUGAAACAAGUUGGGUCCAAGGGAAAUAUUUAUGGUGGUGUUGGGUGAUUUCUCACCCUUUCCCAUUUAAUUUUUGUAUUUUCAUUAUUAUGCUUAACUCUUGGACACUAGUGUACUAGAAGUGGUAUCGCUGAUUACAAAAAUUGAUAUACUGGCUUAAUUCUAUUUCUGGAGGGCAUCACAUGUUAAUUGACAAAAUAAGAUUUAUAAAGAUGAAUAAUAGUAGAUUUGCCAUUUAAAACAAUGAAAGGACUUCCUAAAAUAUUGCCUAAUCUCACAAGAUUCAUAGCAUAUUUUAAGUAUUUAUACUCCAUCAAUUUACGGACCAUAAAUUUCAAUUUCCUAUAAAAUAACUGAUUUGUGAUGGAUGCAUGGUGAAACCUGCGAAUGUGCUGAUCAUAAUGUCUUGAUAAAAAGAGGAUGCUGCUGAUAAAACAAUCAAAAGUAUCUCUUUGAGCAGAAUUGUGAAAUAAGUAAUGUUACCACUAGGAAUGUAUGGGUAGAUUGUACAUAACUCUCUCUCUCUCUCUCUCUCUCUCUCUCUCUCUCUCUUUCUCUCUCUCUCUCUCUCUCUCUCUCUCUCUCUCUCUCUCUCUCUCUCUCUCUCUGUGUGUGUGUGUGUGUGUGUGUGUGUGUGUGUGUGUGUGUGUGUGUGUUUGUUUUUAAGAUAAAGACAGAAAGUUAACAUAGUCAUUGUACAUAUAGAUUUCUGCAUUUAUAAUGGAUAAUGACUGCCCUAGUCAACUUUUUUUUAUUAAAUUGGAAAUUGCACAUGUUUCAUUAUAUUUUGCUGCUUUAAUUGUAGUUGAUUAGUUACUGUGCUAUGCUGCAGGAUGUCUGCAAAUAUUUGAUUAAUAAACUAUGUGUGUGGUUGAUUUCAAUAAAAUAUCGAUAUAACAACAAUAAAGAUGCAUUCCAAAACUACAUGUAAAUGAAACAGAAGGUUAUAAUGAGACUACGCUGAAAAGCAUUUACACAAUGAAUAUUCAGUCAUGUAACUGAUACUCUUAUCAUGAAAAUGGUGUUUGCAUGUAGUACAGAAAACUUGGAAAUAUAAAGUUUGGAAAUUUAUAACUGACUGUGUAUUACUUAGACCACAUACUUACUUAGUCGAGCAAACUGACUGAAUUUUACAUGCCUUCACAUUCUGUCAUAUUCAGCAACAACAAGAUUUUCAUGUCAUUCAUAAGUUAUGAUGACUGGUAAUGCACAAAUUUCAGUGAUGUUGUGUAUUGAUGUCUUUUGACAAAAUGUAUUUUCAUUUAACUGUCUCAAACAUGUAAAUAUCAAAACUAUUGUGUUUUCUGUAUGUUAACAGUUAUGUUUGUUUAUACUACCAAUUUCAAAUGAAAUUAUUUGUAAAUGUUAUAUGAAUAUAAAUUAAAACACAAAAUCAAAACUCAA